AUGCCCCUACAGUACCAUUCUCCCAGUGCAAACCUGCCCAAUAUCAUUCUUGCCGACACAUUCUUUCUCUUUAGUACCAGCCAUAUCUACCCGGUCGUCAACAUGAAGUUUAGCAUUAUUGCUCUCGCCUUCAUCGGCUCUGCCCUGGCCGCCCCUGCUGCCUCUACCCCCACUCCUUCUUCCACCCCGGCGGCUUCUUCCUCUUUUGCGGCUUCAUCCACCCACAUGGCCUCCUCCACUGUCAGUCCUUCGGCCACUCCUACCUCCCUGCCCGACUGCGACAUCGAGCACGAGGGCGACAACGGCAAGCAUCUCGGUUGGUGCAAGAAGGCCAAGCAUCACGGCACCUACAAGAACGGAAAAAGCAACUAG